AUGCCGGUUGAAAUUGACACCAUCAAGGAGGGUGACGGAUCCACUUUCCCGAAAAAAGGACAAUCCGUUACCUGCCACUACGUUUUGACUUUGGAGAAUGGCAAGAAGGUCGACUCGUCGCGCGACCGCGGAUCUCCGUUCACCUUCAAGAUUGGAACCGGACAAGUUAUCAAGGGUUGGGAUGAGGGUCUCGCCAAGAUGUCGAUUGGUCAACGCGCCAAGCUCACCAUCUCUCCAGAUCUUGGAUAUGGAAAGAAUGGUGCCCCGCCACAGAUUCCGGGAAACUCAACCUUGAUCUUCGAUGUCGAGCUCCUCUCUGUCAAAUAA